CACUGGCCUCUAUUGUAAUUCAUUAGUAGUAGGAUGAAAACAAUAAAUUAAAAAAGGACUAAAUCGAAGUCCUAUAAUUUGGUUUUAUAAGUAGAGUUUGUAUCUGAAGUAAAUACCCACGUAUUUAUUUCAGAUACAAAGAUUUGCUGACUACAAAAUGUCUCUCCCAGAUUUAGCCGCACAAAUAGUCAAUAAGACUAUAAAUGAAUUAAGUGAAGAUACCGCUCGAACUAUCAUUAUCGUUGGAAGCAAAUCAGUUGGUAAGUCUAAUUUACUAUACAGCUUUCUCGAAAAAUCCGAGAAACCCCGAGAGACGAUAGUUCUAGAAUAUUCAUUCGGCAGAAAAUCAUCUCAAAAGCAAGGUAUCGAGAAAACUAUUUGUCAUGUAUGGGAAUACGGUGGAAAAUUAGAAAUGCUGAAAAACGUCUUAGAUUCGGUUCCAGUGCGUGGGAGAUUUUAUUAUUGUGUAAUGGUCGAUCUGAGUAAGAUUAAAACCAUGUGGCAUACAUUAGAAAUUUGUAUAAAAACGAUCAGCGAAAAUUCUACGGAUACUACCCCUGAAUUGAUUUUAAUUGGAGGAAAAUACGAUGCUUUUAAAAACUACGUGACAUGAAGAAAAUGGCUUGUACUACAUUAAGGAGCGUGGCUUUGCUAUACAACGC